AUGUCGUCUCACAACAAUAUCCUCGUCACUUGCGCAACAGGAAAUCAAGGCCGAGGUGUUGUACGCCACUGCCUCGCUGCUGGACACCGCGUCUACGCCUACCUUCGCGACCCCACUACACCCGCGGCAAAGGAUAUCGAACAAUCGGGAGCUACACUCGUCCAAGGUGACCUCAACAACGUUGAGGAAGUGCGUGCGGCCAUUCAAGGCAUGGAUGCGGUAUUCCACACAGAAGUACUGACAGGAGACUGGGCAAAAGACUUGGAACGCAGCAUCCACAUAAUUGAGGCGGCUCGUGCCUCGCCAACAGUUUCCUGUAUGCUUGUGUCAACAUCGAUCAAGACAGGUCAACACGAGUCUUUCCCGGGUUGGGGCCCCGAAUAUUCGAUGCGACAAUACUGGCUGAAUAAAAACGCCAUUGAGAACUAUGUUCGUGAUGCUGGGUUCCAGCACUGGACAAUAGUGAGAUUAGGUCACUUUUUGCAGAAUUUGAAGGCGCCCGUGAACGCGAUCACUUUUCCUGGUUUUGCGGAUGACAGAGUUCUACGUGUUGCUUGGAGGCCGGACACAAAGCUUCCUUGGAUAGACGCGGCAGAUGUGGGAUCCGUUGUUGCGGCGGCAGUAUCGGAUAUGAAGAAGUAUUCUGGCAAAGAAAUAGACCUUGCGGUUGAAGCGCUCACUGUUGAGCAGCUGGCCGCCAAGCUAGGCAGGACACUGGGAGCAAAUGUGAAGGUACAUUAUUUGUCGGAUGAAGAGACCGAGGAUUUAAUCAACCUAGGAAGCCCCACUCCAGCAGCGCACCAGUGGGCUAACCAGGUACCGGGGGAUGAUGCGGUGGGGAGGGUGAAAGGACUAUCUUUGACAUCUGUCGAUACAUUUCUGGCACAGAAUGCGACUCAGAUUUGA